AUAAAAGCUUAAAAGAAAGCCCAGCACAAGCACAAGCAUCAGCACCAACAACAACAACAACCCGUGCCUCCAAGAAACCAGAAAGAUUCCCCCAUAAACAAAAGAAGAGGCUUAAAGGAACACCAACAGCAAGCAAGCGAAAACCCCUCUUUUUCCCCUUCUCACUUUCUUUAUCUUCCAACACCACCACUACCACGAGAAAUCUUCCUUGAACCCUAACCCAAAUCCCAAAAUCCCCAAAACCCACCAAAACAGAAAUUUGGGUUCUCUUCCAAAUCCUACAUUUUCCCACAUUUUCCCGAGAAAAUGUCACAGCUGAAGCCAAUGUCUCACCUCGACAACAUUCCCUCAACUCCAGGAAAAUUCAAGAUGGACAAAUCCCCAUACAUUCACAGACUCCGCUUACAUUCCUCUCUCGCCAAGCUCACCUUCUGGUCCGUUGUCUUCCUGGGCUUGAUCUUCCUCUUCUUCUUCCGAUCCCCUUCUUCUUCGCCCCAACAGUCCGAUCCUUCUCGCCGCUCGCUCCGCACCUACAACUGGGGCGGACCCGCCUGGGAAAAACGGGUCCGCUCUUCCGCCCGGGUCCGUUCCCGCAACGGCGUCUCGGUGCUCGUCACUGGCGCCGCCGGCUUCGUCGGAACCCAUGUAUCCACGGCUCUCAAGCGCCGCGGGGACGGCGUACUCGGACUCGACAAUUUCAACGACUACUACGAUCCCUCCUUGAAGCGAGCUCGCCAAGCGCUUUUGGAGCGCACAGGCGUGUUCAUUGUCGAGGGAGACAUCAACGAUUCCACGCUGCUGAGGAAGCUCUUCGAGGUCGUGGCGUUUACCCAUGUGAUGCACUUGGCUGCUCAGGCUGGAGUGAGGUAUGCCAUGGAAAAUCCUGCCUCUUACGUGCAUAGUAACAUUGCUGGUCUUGUUAGUCUCUUAGAAGUUUGUAAAUCCGCGAACCCACAGCCUGCAAUCGUGUGGGCAUCAUCUAGUUCGGUCUAUGGACUUAAUACUAAGGUACCCUUUUCGGAGAGAGACCGGACUGACCAGCCUGCUAGCCUAUAUGCGGCUACUAAGAAGGCUGGUGAAGAAAUUGCACAUACUUACAAUCAUAUAUACGGUCUGUCGCUUACUGGGUUGAGGUUUUUCACGGUGUAUGGUCCUUGGGGGAGACCCGAUAUGGCGUAUUUCUUUUUCACGAAGGAUAUAUUGAAAGGGAAGUCGAUUCCGAUCUUUGAAGCGUCUAAUCAUGGCACAGUUGCUAGGGACUUUACCUACAUUGAUGACAUUGUGAAGGGGUGCUUGGCGGCAUUGGAUACAGCAGAGAAGAGCACCGGAAGUGGUGGGAAGAAGACCAGGCCGGCUCAAUUGCGGGUUUUCAAUUUGGGGAAUACUUCACCUGUGCCUGUUUCGGAUCUUGUUAGCAUUUUGGAGAGGCUUUUGAAGGUGAAGGCCAAGAGACGUAUCAUGAAGUUGCCUCGAAAUGGGGAUGUUCAAUUUACUCAUGCAAAUAUCAGCUUGGCUCAGAGGGAGCUUGGGUAUAAGCCUACAACAGAUCUGCAUACGGGUUUGAAGAAGUUUGUGCGGUGGUAUCUCAAUUACUAUGCUGGUGGGAAGAAGGCCGCCGGCUGACAAAUUCUUUCGAUUGUGUGGUUGCCAUAUAACGAGGAACCUUGCGUCCUGCAUUGAAGAAGUUUUGUGGUUGGUGGACAUUGUUUUGUUGGGCACCUUCUAAGCUGUAUCAAAGAAAACCAGAACCAUCUUUUUCGUUCUCUGGAAAUGUAAUUGUUGUAGUUUCGGCCUUGUAGAAUUCACGACUGAUAGAGCAUAUGCUGAUUGGUGGACAUGUAUCAUUGUUAUGCAAGUUAAUAAAAAAUCACACGAUUAGUUUGGUCUUUCUGUUUGGUUAUUUAAUGAAUUACCUUUGACUUUAAUGUAAUGCAUAAUUU